AUUAGCUUAAAAUGGCACCUAAAAAGGUUAAGGGUCCCGAUCCUCGUAAGCAGAAGCAGGCUUACAAGGCUAUGCGCAAGCGGGAGCGUCGAUCCCUGAAAAUAAUCAAUCUUCCGGAACCUUCUCCGCGUAAAAAGCGUGUGCGCAGCAAUAAUCCUGAGGAGAAGCUGGAGCCUUUGACUAUAGAGUCGAUGCGGCGUUACGAUGAGACUAUGGUACGUACUGACGAUGCCGAAAUUGCUGCUGAAGAGCGUAUUGAUGAAUUUGCUGCUCAUUUCCGGGGUGAUCGUGAACCCAAGUUGUAUUUAACUUCAUCGAGGCGCCCUAGUGAGAAGAUGCGCAGGUUCAUUAAAGAGCUGCUGCUUAUCAUUCCAAACAUCUACUACUUCGCGCGGGAUGAAAAUAAGCUAGAAGACAUGGUUCGUCAUGCUACUGAUGGUGGAUUCUCUGCUAUUCUACUGAUUACUCAAGGUCAGGGCAAACUUCCCAAUGGCCUCUAUAUAUGCUCAUUACCAUAUGGCCCAACUACGUUCUUUCGGUUAACUAGCCUGUUAAUGGCAAGUGACAUGAAAGGUGCUGGUUCAUUUACUGAGAGUAAAUGUGAGAUUAUUUUGAACCAUUUUGACACGCGUCUUGGUAGACGUGUUGGACGUCAGAUCGCAUCGUUAUUUCCACUGGACCCCGAGCUUGAAGCUCGUCGUGUUAUUACAUUCCACAACCAACGUGAUAUGAUUUUCUUUCGCCAUCAUAGAUACGUCUUCCGAAACAUGAAGAAAUGCUCACUCAAGGAAAUCGGUCCUAGAUUCACCCUGAAGGUACACUCGGUACAGGAGGGUACAUUCUGUUUGGACAAGGGUCUUUUUGAGUUUGUAUGGCGCCCCGAUAUGCAAGUUGAUCGCAAGAGGUUCUUUAUAUAAGUACUUCACUGGAUAUGCCUUAGUUGGUCU